UUUUUCCUUUUCAGUCUUUAUUAUACGCCGUUCUCAACCGCUGCUUUGCAUUUUUUUUAUAAAAAAAUUGUCAUGGAGGAGAUGAAGCACUCGCCACCGCUAGACACUUCAACAACCACUGCUACAGCCGCCGGAACUGAAGGGCAAGGGACUUCUUUGAUGUCUCGACUGAAGAAAGAUUGCUUAGCUUUUGGAGUUUCUUUGCAAGAGGGAUUUCGAUACGUUAAAGCAACCAUAGUUGGUCAGGCAAAGAAGCUGAAAGCAAAGGAUGAGAAGGAAGCGGCAACAGCCGACUUGCAACCUCAAAAAUUGCAGGUUGAAGCAGCCGAUGAAGCCGAGAAUAACAAGAAAAGAAUCUACAAAUCCAUGUAACCAAAUUACAUAACUAUACAUUCAAGUAACACGUUGCUUUCUUUUUCAUACAGUUUAACUUCUAAUAUGUCGUAAAAUAAGAAACAGACACAGGAAAGUGCAUAGAAUA